UUAUUUUUCGUUCACAGUACGCAGACGACCGCAGAAGAAGAAGUUCGUUAAAGUCGGUUUGUUCGGGGCUGAUAAUUGGAUAACGAAAAGCAACAACUUCAUUAUUAAUAGACCGGAAAAUCGCGAAAAACAUAUUUAAUUAACACAUUCAUAAAAAGUUAAAAUAAUAUGGUGAUAUGGUAUUUGACAAAAAAUUUAAUAAAAUAUGUGCAUAUUUAAAAUAAUUGUGCCAUAACGAGCGAAAGAAAUUCGCAAAUUUUGUAAAUAAUAAAGAAAUAUAAAUGGAAGAACAACACAUUUACAUGUGUAUUAUAGUGUUUUAAUUAAAAAAUAAUGAAACCUUUAAAAAUUAUUUAUUACAAAGUCGGUAGAGUGCAUUGAACAUACAUAUUUUCAUAAAAAUUUGCUUAUAAUAAGGUAAGCAACUUUCUGCAUAAACAAUUUUAAAUAAAAUAUCUAUUUGUAAUGUUCAGAGGAGUUACGCAAUGGGUCCUACUGUAAAACUGAGGUAUCUAUACGCUAUAUUUGUGCUAAUGGUAAUGACGGAGGUUUUUGGACUAUAUUUGGACUACACAGAAUCUACUGAAUUCAUACAUCAGCGGGCUGGUUAUGACAUUCGAUUACACUGUGGUGUUGAAGGAUUAAUGGAUGCAGAACAGCUCGCAGAUAAAAAGAUCUAUUGGUUUUUUAAAUGUCGAGAAAAAACGUUCAUUGGCGAAAGCUGCCACAAGUGGAUGCAGUUACCUUGUGAAGAAAACUUUUGCCAAUCAGACUUGUUGCUCCACAAUGUCACUGAAGAGUAUUCUGGCUUAUAUAAAUGUACCGUUGUGCCCCUAAAGUACAAAUCUGGGCAUGCGCUUGAUAUUCAAUUCGUUCGUACUUAUCAACUUGAUGUGAAAAAUACUAGUGCGGCUAUACCCAAAUUCGUAGACCCAUAUCCUUUAAAUAAGACGGCUGUUAUCAAUGCCCAAGUAGUGUUUCAGUGUCGUGUACACAGUGAAGAGCAUCCCACCAUAAAAUGGUUUCGCCGCACUCCAGCUUCUCUUCCCAAUGGUUUGGAAAAUAUGGGUAUCAAUAGUAAUAAUCUUAAUGCGCACAUUGUCCAUUAUAACGGACAUACCUAUGAGUUGUUGCAUACGCCUGGUGAAAAAUACAUAGGAGAGGAUAUGUUUCUAAGCAAAUUGAUAUUAAAUGGAGUGCGUCUGAGGGAUGCGGGUUACUAUGCAUGUGCCGCUAUUACUUUUCAUGGCUACAAAAUUCGAGAAGCAUACUUAGAAGUUCAUCGUCAAGGAUACGUAGAAGACUACAACGCUAAUGGGGAAGCAUACACCGAUCCAAGUGAAUUCUGGUUACUAUUUUUAAUGCCUGUGGGGUUAGCAAUGCCCCCGCUGAUAUUUUGGCUAAGUUAUUUGAUUUAUAAACGGUUCACCACGCCUACGGAGAUUCAAAGAAACUCGCAAAUUUAUUCCGAAGACUUCAUAGAAGACGAUAAUUGUGUGCUAAGAGCGUAGUAGUGCGGAAAUUUUUCGGGUGAAUGAAAAUGAAAAACAAUUACAAAUAAGACAAAUACGCUUAUUAAUUUAAUGGAAGUAUAUAUUAUAAUCAAUAUGAAUAUUAAUUAAAUUAGGUAUUCAAGCUCAUUCCUGAUAUAGAGUGUAAAUAUUGUAAAUAAUUCGCGAAAUAAUUAAGAACAUUUCCAGACUAUAUACAUUUAUCUAUGUACAUAUGUAUGUAUGUAUAUAAAUUCAUGAUUGUAUAAUAUUUAAAGCAUUGGCGCCAUAAAUUCAUUUAUGAGUGAUUUAUCUAUCAUAAUUAUUUAUUAUUUAUUAUAUAUUAUAUAUUUAUAUGUUUAUUAUUAUUUUUUAUUUUUUUUUUAAUAUUUAUUUAAGCGCCAAAUAAAUUAAGGAUGUCUAAAAAUAUUUCUUUAACAAAGAAGAGUUCUUUCUUUGGAUUAAUAGAAUUUUAAAAUGAAAUUUUGUGUAAAAAAUUACAGAAAAUACACUAACUGGUAAUAUACAAUAUAAUAUUGACAAUAGCCUUUACUGAUUUGUAAUUAAAAAAUAAAACUAACUGAAAUAACUUCUAACUUCAAUAAUAUUUGAUAAUACGUGUCUAAUAACCAGACUUCAAUAAAUUGUAUUCGAAAAUUUUUAAUAAAGUGUUCGAAAAUUAAUAUUCGACCAAAAAGUUGAUUGUGUAGAUUCCUAAACCGAAACAAAUACGAAAUUAAGAGGAAUAUCAACUUGAUAUAAAUUGUUUUUUAACAUUGCGUUUUUUGAAAAUCAAAAUUUGUAGCAAUCAAGUUCAAAAUUUUUUCAUCUCUGUCAAUUAUAAUUUGAGUGCAUUCCAAUAUCUAUUUUUUAAAUAUAUAUUUAUAUAAACUUACACAUAAUUAGUAUCGUUUACUUGAUGAUAUUGGAAAUCUAUUUGAAUUUUUAUUUGAUGCGCCAAUUUCAAGUGCACAUUUUUUACUUACGCAUUUGCAUCAACAUCGCCAAUCAAUUGGAGCCAAUAGAGUCACCUGAAGCGUUGGAAGUCUAGAUUUUUAAAUCAUCAAAUUGGAUGAAAUGUCAAGAAAGCGUAAUUCCAAUCGUGUAUCGAUGGCGCUCUUGCACUCGAUUGUACCAUGUUCCAGCAUUGAAGAAUACGAAUGUGAAUAUUAUCGGCCUGGUUGUUAUUGCAUACCGCAAGCGAUGCCACAUGUCGCACCCUAUACAUGCGCUUACCUCCACGAUUACGUGCCUCAGUGGACGGCUGCCUGUCACACGGCCACUUAUGUGGUGGAUGCUUACGGUAUGGUUUAUUAUCUCAGCGAUUUCGAACAUCAGUUGCAAUUUCCCAAUAAUAUGGUCCACUCGGAUAUCGUUUACCACAUACCAAACUUUUUUGAUGGUCAGGACUAUGAAGUAGCGACAGAGGAGGACGAAAGUGAAACUGUGAGUCCACGUAAACGCGAACGUCUUGAAAACGAAAAUGAUUCUGAAGACAUGGAUCCGGAAUAUAACAAAGAUUUUUGUCAAGAUUACGAAUUUUCGGAUGUCAAUUCUGAGAGUAAUCCACUAAAAAAGUCCAAUGAUUCUGAUCAUGAGUAUCUUGUGGAAGAACCAUCUGAUUCAGAAACUAAAGUUUAAGAGUGAAAUGAGCGUAAAGAGUAAAUUGUACCUAUUUGUUUCAUUGUCUGUAUAUUUUGGAAACAUCUUAUUGAAUGUACCCAUUGUCGAAUAUUGCGAAUAGAUUUUUAUUAAAUUGAAACUUAUGUAAAACCGAAUUUUGUUAUUACCUAGAUAUGUACAGGUACAUACUUUUUAGUAAUCCGUUAUUACCGAUACUCAACUGUCUGCCGAGGUUCGCUACUAAAAGCAGCAUAUAGACUUUAUAUCUUUUAUUUUAGAGCAAGGUCUAAAAGAGUUUUAUACAUAUCUAAUGAGCACUAAACCACAUUAUGGUUGAGAAUUCAACUUGAUUACAGUAAAAUAUCGUACAUUUUGACCAACGUAAUUAAGCCAAUCGGGAGUUUGUAAUUCUUUUAUAAGAUAUGGGGCCUAGGUGAUAUAUUGAUACAAAUUUAUAAAUUUUGAAUAUUACGACAUUCACUAGAUACCUCACAUAUUGACAUAUACAUACAUAUAUAGUAUAAAGUCAACUGGAACUUUGAGAAUUCUUAUAUUAGGUAUGAGGGGGCUGUGGAAAGCCUCAAACCGAUUUUAACCUUUUAAGCGUCAGAAUUCAUUAUUACCAGGAAAAAACGUUCUCAAAUUUUCAUUGCUAUAUCUCACUGAUUGCCUGAUAUUUUCCGUAAAAAGUCAGCCAUAGGCACUCAGGUUCACAUAUUCAAUGUCUGGCUUACUUAGUUAUGGUACUUUAUACGUUAUCUACUAAUGUCAGUUUGUGAGCGUGGUAAUGGUGCAAGAGAGUUGCGAGAGUAUAAAAGUAUACGUAGGUAAGAUACCGUUUUUUAUUUUGUUUCAGAUAGCACUAGUUUCUAAAAACACACUCGUUCAUCGAGACCAUUAGGAAAAAGAAGGUUCGGAGAUCGUUAAGCCAACCGCCAUUUUUUUAUUUCAAAGGCUCAAAACUGUUUGAUAAAGAUUCGCAGAGAGAAAUACAAUUCUUUUUCCCUUACUCACAAAAUAAAUUUUCAACAUUAGCGCUCCAUCUCGAUCUAACUCUUUUAUUAUUUGACAUCGAAACUAAUUUUAGAUCUGUAAUAUAGUAUAUGGUCAGAUAUUUCCUCUGGGGUACGAGCAUACUUGAAUAUGAUAAUAAACAUAUAAUUAUGUAUAUUCAACCAUGCAUAUACUCGCUCGGAUAUAACCAGACAUAUGAAGAGUAUCUCACGAUACUCACAACCUAAGAGACUCGCGUUUACGUAGGUUGACUUUUAUAUUUCGGGAUUUGGCAACCCUUGUGUUGUGGUAAAAUUUGAUAUUUAAGAUAUUGUUCAUAUUCAGAACAUUAUUUAUCUCUGCCUAAAAAUGCAAUUAAAUCGCGCAGAUUUUCGCGGUUUUUUUACAACUUUCGACGUGCAUUAAUUCAACAACAGUGCAUCCAUGAGUUUAAUUCAAUUUUUGGCGAUGAAGCUCCAUUAACGACACAGUGUUUUCCCGUGAACUCAAUCGAGGUCGUAAAUUCAUUGAUGCAGUGCGCAAAUAGAUAUUGCAAGAUUGUCAUGUCCCUAUCGUGAGAUUGAGUCAAGUAUAGGCAUUAGUGGGACCAGCAUAAAUUCAAUAUUGCGUGAAGAUUUGAAUGUGAAAAACAUUUGUCAAACGUCCAAAAAAAGAAUCAUGUCGAUUAGUUGAGAGCAAUGUUAAAAAAAUACAAUAGCGGUCCUUCAAAACACGUCUAUGGCAUCGUGACAGUUGAUGAAUCGUGGAUAUAUGCUUAUGAGCUCGAAAAGUAAACAGCAGCGGACUGUAUGGGUGUUUCAAAAUGAGCUGAAUCCAAAAGCGAUCCAGUUUUUGGAUAAACUGGAAAUCUCGCAACCAUAACCUCAGAAUAAGGCAGAACAGUAUAUUCUGAGUUCGAUUCAUUUACCAAUUACAUUUCAAGAAAUAAAGAAAACCAAUCGCCAAAAAAAAAGAAAUAAAGGAAACGAAUCAAACUACUACCUUUUUGAUCACUCAAAACAUCGAUUUGAUGACUCUAGCCUUAACAGGGCACGGAAUGGCUUCUUUUUAUUCCCGUACAUAAAAAUAUGCUAAGAGGUCAACGUUUUUCGACACCUGAAGAGACGGUUAAUGCGUUCUGAACUCAUGUUUUGGAGAUACCUCAAUCAGAGUGUCGAAAGGCCUUUUGAAAAACAAUAAAGCGAGUUUAGAUAAUUAAUAUUUGUUUUUGUUCUCUAAUCUCGAAAUAUAAAAGGCACCCCUAGUACAAUGUGUCUAUAUUUAAUUAUAAGCAUAUACAAACAUAGCGUCUAGUCGCUAAAUCUUUCUCUGUUAUGCUUGCUCAGUGCAUAUGUACAUAACACAAUUCAGUCACUUGCCUUCUGUUGGGAUGAGAAAUACAAACCCGACAAACUAUUCGUAUAAAAGUUAAAUAGCUACAUAUUAAUGUAUUAUGAAAUGAUUGUACGCAUUCAUACAUUAGGUUAAUGAAAAUCAGCGCAAUUGUAUAAAAGGUUGUACCGAAAAACUGAAUUUUUUU